AUGUCAUCUUCAGCUAGGUCAUCGCUCUUGGGGCAGCACGGAUGGCGAUCGUUCUACGAGACUGUGGACUUCCUUGCCUCGAGGCUUCCGCCAAGACAAACCACCUCGAAUCGCCUUGGGCUGAAUCAGUCAAGCCCCUAUUCGACCUCCUCGAUACUCACUCUCAGAACCCCAAAAUCUUCUCCCUGGACGUCUCCGCGACCAUCGAGAUCCUGCGCUUACUAUGCGCGCCGAAGCUUCACAUCGGGUGGUCUUCUCCUUGUUGGGAUCACUCCAAAUCCAUCCACAACUAGCAAUGUUAUAGCUACUUGCGCAGCUGUAGCGGAUUCUGCAGCUGUCGCAAAUGUCAGCCAGAAGGCGAGCGUGAGCAAGCUAGGCUGGCAAGCAUGGCAACGGGGAAUUCAUACAGGUCGAAUGCGAAAUGUUGGUCUAUCACAGAGGGCAAAGUCCACCAAAGCGGGUGCAGAUGCCAGCAAACCAUCCUCAUCGCAACAGAACACUGAGUCGCCAAAGCCUGCGAAUCCUUCAAGCACUGAGACGAAGCCCCCAGAACCCAAUCAAACGCCACACUCGGUAUCGAACUAUUUCCACCUUCCGCAUCUACCACACUUACCUCACCGUCCAACGAAAGAAGAGUUCUUGGCUGCCGCAAACGGGUUCAUGGAACGACUCAAGGUCCGUUUUAAGUGGUUCUCGAUCAGGAGUAUGAGACCGUGGAAUAAUGAUGAAUGGGGCGCAUUUCUAUCUUUCUUCCUCUUUGGACAUUUGGCGUGGAUCUUGCUCGGCACAACUACUUUCAUGUCCCUCGUCAUUUUCUCCAUCAAUACGGUUUUCGCGCAAGAAACUCUGGGACAGUGGGUUGGAGACUAUAUGACACAAUCAGCUGGGCUGACCAUUGUGUUCGAAUCUGCCAUUGUUCCUAAGUGGAAAGAUGGGGUCAUUUCUUUCAGGAAUGUAUUCGUUUCCAGGCGGCCUGGGCAGAGCAAGUCCAGUGUCAGCAAAGGUUCCUCUUCGAGCGCUGCGGCUGUAGCAGCGGCAGAACGCGGAGCUGCCACAGACGUUGCAGCCGAGGUAGAUGACGGCAACUACACACAGUUCGAUGUAACGUUGAAUACCGUCAAUGUCACACUGUCUUUCGUCAAGUGGUGGAAUGGCAAAGGGCUAUUAAAAGAUGUCGAAGUAAAGGGUGUCAGAGGAGUGAUUGACAGGACCUCAGUACAAUGGUCCUCAGACAACGUGGAUCCAUUAUCCUACCGACAUGAACACCACCCAGGAGAUUUUGAGAUUGACUCCUUCAAGUUGGAAGACCUGCUGGUCACAGUGCACCAACCGAGUGGAUUCCGGCCAUUCUCGGUCAGCAUCUUCUCAUGCGAACUUCCCCAACUACGGAAACAAUACAUGUUCUAUGACUUUCUGUCCGCCACUCACAUGUCCGGUUCUUAUGAUGGCUCGCUCUUCACCAUACACCCACGCCAAGUCCACGGGGUCCCAGCUGGGCACGAGCAUAUUUCAAAUGAUCUAGGCGAACCAGGCGCUUGGAAGAAGUUUAGCCGGCUUCGGAUUGACGGGCUGAAGAUUGACCAUUUGAACAGGGGCGACGAGGGUCCCUUCGGGUGGAUAUAUGAGGGCAACGUUGACAUUGUAGCCGAUGUGAUGUUCCCUAAUGAUGACGACGAUAGCAUUACCAAGGUGGUUUCUGACUUCUACGACCGUCUCGAGGAGGCGGUGACAUCAAACCGCUACAUUCACCUUCUCGAAAGCAACACCAGGCGAUACCGUGGUGAUGAAACCACCGCAAAUCCAUCCACCAGCGUAGAAGCGGUCCGUGCCUCUGAGCAUAUCCCUGAGGCCACGCUAUCGGACAAGAAGUACGUUGAUGAGGCCGCCGUACUGUCAACAACUACUUCUACUUCGGACGGAGAGCCACCGCGGUACCUUGUCAUGGAUCUACGCAUUCAUCUCAAUGAUGUGAAAGCUAGUGUCCCGGUCUUCUCAUCAAACCUUUCAUACGUGAACCAGGCGCUUGUCCGUCCCAUCGUCGCGUAUAUCAACGCGAAAAGGACUUACAUCCCGAUCAGCUGCCGCAUUGUCAAACGCGCGUCGGACUUCGACGGAGCAUGGUCGACGUAUGACUCCGGUAUGAUGACUGAUUUGUCUGCCGAGGUCUACUCUGCGUUUGCCAAUGACGUCGAGGAUCAGCAAAGCCGAACCAGGAGGCUAAAGAAAGUUGGCUUCUGGACGCUGAGUCUCGCUGUUCAUGCCCUGUUCAUGGGCAUGGCCGGCAAUGUGAUAUGA